AUGAAUGUCACGGUCACUUUCAAUGAGCUCCUGCGGGAACGAAAUGCGCCGGAAACAAGAAAACGUGUCACAUUGGAUGCCAUUGACGGUUUCUUAAAGGAAGCAUAUAGGAUUAAUUCGCAUAUUACCAGCCUACAUCGAGAGCUUCAAGAUGUCCGACAAGCAUAUUUAUCGACGGCGCAGCCACGAAAGACACAUAAUCGAGUCGCAAAAGAGCAAACACGGGUGCUUACAGAUCGAGACCGAGAAGAAGUCGACGCCAAUGCGAAACAGAUGAUCCGGGAGUUGAAUGCUGGCAUUCGUGCUCUCGACGAGGCUGAACAGUUACGGCGCGAGACCGAAUCAGCUAUAAUCCGAAAGAAAUAUGGAGGCUUAGGAGCUUUUGGAGCAUGGGCUUCAGGUGGCAUAAUCAGCAGCAAAACAGAGGAGCAUGCAGAAGCUGAAGCCAAGGCACGAGAUUUGGGAAUUCAUCGGGAUAGUAUUCUCUGGUUUUUACGGCAACGACUCGAGCUAUGCUGUCGAACGCAACAAGAAAUGAUGGAAACACGUCUAAAGCGUGAGUUGGAGAAGAAUCGCAGCAUGCUUUCAAGAUCAGGCGCCACCAUUGCUGGAGACUUUGCGGAAUUUCCUCCAUCUGCCCGACGAAACUCCCAAACAGCCCCUGCUGCACCGAUCCCUAUGUCCGAAGACGGUCAGUUCCCGAGCCAGGGGUUGACAGAGGAACAGAUCCAGAUGUUUGAACAAGGGAAUCAAGACAUGAUGAAGCAUUUCGAGAAUAGUUUGGACAAAGUCAGAACUGCUGAGAAGUCGUUACUAGAAAUAGCUGAGCUGCAGUCACUUCUCGUAAACAACCUCGCCACACAGUCAGCGCAUAUAGAUCAGCUCGUGGCGGACUCGUUUGCAACUACGGAAAACGUAGGCGGUGGCAAUAAGGAAUUAAAAAAGGCGACACAGCGCGCAAGCCCAGCAAAGUAUACGUUCUUUGCGGCAAGUGGGCUCUGUGCUUUCCUUGUGCUUUGGGAUCUGGUGUUUUGA